AUGCUAAUUGCGCGAGCUGGUCAAGCAGAUAUAAAUAGCGUCAAGGAACGCGCUAAGACGAUUUUAAAUCGUCUUAAAAAUGCUUCAACUCUUGUAGCGUCCGCGCUGCCCAACCUUCACACCUCCUCCUCCAAGCGUGCGCGUCCUCUUGCCGCGGGCUCCGGCCCUGACCUUUCCGGCAUCGAAGCCAGUCUCACCCUUCUCACCCAGGCUAUUCAGGUGCAGACCGAAGUUGCCGCUCAAGCUGCAAAUAUCGAGUUGCCGGUCUGGCGGGACCAGACCGAGGGCUGGGAGGAGGAAACUAAUCCUCCUGAGUUGAAUGCAGCAGCAGCUGCCGCUGCUCCUUCUGCUGCUGCUCCUCCUGCCACCGCUAGCGCUAGCGCUAGUGAGGAUGAGAAUAAGGACAAGAACAAGAAUAAAGAUAAAGAUAGAGAUAAAGAGUAA